AAAAGAAACUGCCUUUGAACUCGCGGGUCGACAAUACCAGUCGUCCUUUUUUCAAGCCCACGCUCCUUCCUUUGAACCCCUUCCUUUCUCUAGCACAUCAACAGAUAUCUAUUGAAACCAUCGAUUAAAGUAUGCAAUAAGAGAGAUUACCAAAGAUUGCAAAAGACUGGCAUUUUGUACACUUUUGAUUGGAAGCUUUCUUGUCACAACUUUUCUCUCCUGGUACACCUCUAAGAAUGUGUGGUCUGCCAACGCGCUGAUGUGUACGCAAUGGGAACUCCGAAUCAUCUUUUACGAUUGCUAACUAUCUUCGCCCUUUCCCUUUGAUCGAUUACAGAGAGUCUUGAAAUUCACUGUUUGGGUUUAUCCCUUAGCAGUGGCUUGAGGCUCCACCCAGCGCAGUUCUUCGCUCGCACCUUUUCUCGUCGAAGUCACAGGACUGAAUCGUGAAGAACGCUUUUUUUUACCCACGAUACAUUUGUACCCUCCACGAAUCCUGUCAUGGUAGCUACGACUUCUACUGAUGUAACCAUGUCCGUCAAUGUGCGACUCUGUGGGAGCAUUCCUCGCCGCGACAUGAAAUUGUUCGGAGAUGGAGCACCUGUCUCCCGAUUAGCGAGUUUGACGUCAUCCUGUAACCGCCUAAAUAUUGGCUCUUUGGCGGCAACUAACGGUUGUAAGAACGAGGACUCAACGCUUUCCACGACUUCGACUUUCAAUGGAAGCGAUCACACUUCUCUUUCACCUCUCAAUGAACACCCCAACAUGAGGGGGAUUCUGACGGAACACCAGGCAUUGACUCCCUUGUUUGAACCUCCUUCAUGGGCAGUCCCGGCGAAGGGUGAAGCCCAUCUUGAGCCCGUCUGCGAAGCACUCGGACGUCAAACAGCUGUUGACCUGACUACACAAAAUGCUUAUCGAGUUGGACGGUCACCCAAUUGCGAUGUGCAACUUAUGCACGGAACCUCGUCACGCCGACACGCUAUGCUCUUUCACCAUUCGAACGGCUCGUGCUACGUUGUUGACUGCGGAAGUGCGCACGGAACCUUUAUUAAUGGUCGUCGUAUCUCAUCUCCGGGAUGUGGUGGUAUGGUUGUCCCGCACAAGGUCCGUCGCGGAGCGAUUAUUCGCUUCGGUGGCCCAGGCGCUCCAUGCUUCGUGUUGAAGUCUUUUUCUUUUUGCUUAUCCGAUGUUGCUGAGGGCACGACGUCCACACCAGAUAUGGGGGAACUGGUCCGGCGUAACACUCGAUUCAACGCCCUUGGGAAAGCGGCAGCUGAAUCUGUCAAAACUGCUGAUGUCUUCAGGACUUCGACUUUUCUCUACCGAAAGCGAUCGUUUGAUAGUCUUGCCAGCUCAGCGACAUUAGACGAAGAAGAACCUUCGGUAAAGCGCCUGCGUUGCACGUCUCCGCCGCCUUCUCCUGAUUCUCCCUUGCUUCGACUUAUUUCGCCCGAUAUGCCCUCUAUGCUCGUUAGCAAACCUCGCCGUGUUCAUUUUUCCACCGCGAAACCACUGGUCUUUUUUCCGGCACUGGUCACUCCCGGAGAAGUCUCUAGCGAGGAGGAAGACAACGACGAUUGCUGAACUUUUUCAAUUCGAUUUGGCAAGUUUUAUUAAUUUAGCUCUUUUUCCCUCCCUUUCUUGAAAUCCCAAAAAAAACCACUCUGUAAACACCUUAAUAAAACGGGCAAAUCGAUUGAUGCAUUUUAGAACGG